AUGCUUGAACAAGAUCUGAUGCAUAUUGUUUUCGUACACUACUUGGAGGUUAAGGGUAACCGGACAAGUAUAGGAAUGAAAGAAAACAAUAUAAAUUCUGCAAAUGGCACAGCUUCAGUGAAUAUUGAUUCAACAGCAAGCCCCACCAGCACAUUGUCAUCGUUAUGUGAAGAUGCUGAUACCGGGGAUAGUCAUCAAGCAAGUUCUGUCUUACGAGCAUCUCCUGAAUUUCAAACUGGAAAUCGCAAUGGUUGUACAUCAGCUCCUGGCAUGCGUCCUGUUACACAGGCUCAUGGGAACCGAGUCAGAGAAAGUGAUUCUCAGAGAUCAUUUGAUGUCCAAGCUUGGGAUGCCGUGGGGAAUUUGGUGACAAGAUAUGAUCAACCUUGUAAUGGGCUGUUAACUACAGAGCAUCUCAAAAAUCCUCUUCAAACCCAAUUUAAUUGGCAGAUUCCAGUUCAGGAAGACCUACCAUUGCCGAAAUGUUCGUUGGAUCUCAUGUUACUGAUUGAUGACACUGAUGAGGCGUUAUUUGAGCAAAGUGCAGUAGAUAAUUUUGAGUCGUUUUCCAGUCUUCUUGGCAUUGAAAACCAGCAACCUGACGGGAAUAGUUUUCAGGCUCCUCCUUCAAGUAUGGAAUCUGAAUAUGUACCUGUGAAGAAAUCAUUGUUAAGACACGAAGAUAGUUUGAAAAAGGUGGAUAGUUUCUCUCGGUGGGCUAGUAAAGAACUUGGCGAGAUGGAGGAUUUGCAGAUGCAGUCUUCGCUUGGAGAUAUUGCAUGGACCACUGUUGAUUGUGAAACUGCAGCAGCUGGACCCUCUUUGAGCCCUUCUCUCUCCGAGGACCAGCGUUUCACCAUAGUUGACUAUUGGCCGAAAUGCGCUCAUACAGAUGCUGAAGUUGAGGUCAUGGUUAUUGGGACAUUUCUGCUUGGUCCUCAAGAAGUAGCUAAAUACAAUUGGUCAUGCAUGUUUGGGGAAGUGGAGGUUCCUGCUGAGAUUCUAGUAGACGGUGUUCUUUGCUGUCAUGCUCCACCGCAUACAGCUGGUCAAGUGCCCUUUUAUGUCACAUGUUCCAACAGAUUCGCUUGCAGUGAAUUACGAGAAUUUGAUUUCCUUUCUGGCUCUACCAAGAAAAUCGAUUCCGCUGCUAUUUACGGUACCUACACAAAUGAAGCAUCGCUUCAGUUGCGGUUUGAGAGGCUGCUUGCUCACAGAUCUUCUGUUCACGAACAUCAUAUAUUUGAAGAUGUUGUGGAGAAACGAAGAAAAGUCAUGUUGCUAAAGGAGGAGAAAGAGUAUCUCCUUCCAGGGACAGAUGAGAGAGAUUCAAGCAAACAAGAACGGCUUUUUAGGGAACAGUUAGAAGAGGAACUAUUUAUAUGGCUCAUCCAUAAAGUGACUGAAGAGGGUAAGGGUCCAAACAUACUUGAUGAAGAUGGACAAGGUGUUUUACACUUCGUUGCAGCCCUAGGGUAUGAUUGGGCUAUCAAACCGGUUUUAGCAGCAGGUGUUAACAUUAACUUUCGUGACGCAAAUGGCUGGUCCGCACUUCAUUGGGCUGCAUUUAGUGGCAGGGAGGAAACUGUGGCUGUGCUCGUCUCUCUAGGUGCUGAUGCUGGGGCAUUGACGGAUCCAUCUCCAGAGCUUCCAUUGGGGAAAACAGCUGCUGAUUUGGCUUACGUAAAUGGACACAGGGGGAUUUCAGGUUUUCUUGCAGAGUCUUCGUUAACUAGUUAUCUUGAAAAGCUAACAAUGGACUCAAAGGAGAACACCUCUUCUGGACAAAAAGCUGUUCAAACAAUCUCUGAGCGAACCGCUGCUCCUAUGAGCUAUGGAGAUGUACCAGAAACACUCUCCUUGAAGGACUCGCUUACUGCUGUCCGUAAUGCUACACAAGCAGCCGAUCGGCUACAUCAAGUGUUCAGGAUGCAGUCGUUCCAGCGGAAACAGCUGUCUGGAUUUGGCGAUGAUGACGACGACGACGAGUUAGCUGUUUCUUUUGCAGCUUCUAAGACUAUGAAUCCAGGACACAGUGAUGUCUCUGUUCAUUCUGCUGCUAUCCAUAUACAGAAGAAAUAUCGUGGUUGGAAGAAGAGGAAAGAGUUUCUGUUAAUCCGACAAAGAGUCGUUAAGAUUCAGGCUCAUGUGAGAGGACAUCAGGUCCGGAAACAAUACAAGCCAAUCGUUUGGUCUGUGGGAUUACUCGAGAAAAUCAUUCUGCGUUGGAGACGCAAAGGUAGUGGCUUAAGAGGGUUUAAACGCAAUGCAAUCGUCAAAACAGCGGAACCAGAACCAUCAUCAGUACCAAGUCCCACGGUUCCAAAAGAAGAUGAGUAUGAUUUUCUAGAAAAGGGAAGAAAACAAACCGAGGAAAGGCUUCAAAAGGCUCUCACUCGGGUUAAGUCCAUGGUUCAAUACCCUGAAGCACGUGAUCAAUACCGUAGGCUCCUCACUGUUGUCGAAGGCUUCCGUGAAAACCAGGCUUCGUCAAGUUCAUCUAUAAACAACAGAGAGGGACUAGUCAACUGUGAAGAUGACGAUCUUAUUGACAUUGAUUCUCUUUUGAACGAUGACACUUUUAUGUCAGUUUCUCCUUGA